UUAUUUAGCCUCUCCCCUGCCGAAUAUGCCCAAGCUAUACGAGCUAUUUCAUACGGAUUUAUUUAUCUAUUUCAGCUUGAUCCAUCAUCUCCGCGUUAAUGACAAAAACACAACAAGAUCAAAUUUAAGCUCACUUCGUCCACGGUAAAGUGCCGCGCUCGCUGCGCCAUUGCCCUUGCGCUUCCAAACAGACGCCCACUGCGUGCGUCCAAUCAUGUUGGUGCUUUGAGCGUUGUGACCCAAUCACUGUGGAGAAGCUGCACUCGAUGGGCGGGUUUUGAGCUGCACAGAGAGGGACGUUGGGAUAGCUGAGGAGAGGCGGUUUGUUAGGCACGAUUGCCACUCGUUGCGCGUCCUUAUAAUUUGGAGAGGUGUAUGCCGCGCACGGCCCGUUCGCCUUUCCAGGUGAAGAUCCAGGAGGAGCUGAGAGAAAUUUAACUUGGGCGAUCGCUGAACCCGGUUCAGGACAGGUGACAUUCCCAGUAGGCUGCGUUUAAGGCCAUAGGAUCGAUUCAGAUGUCAUGGAUAAAGGCCAACUUCUGUGCCGAGGAGGUUCAUCGCCUACCUGCUGAAGUGUGAUUGGCUCGACAGUUCCAGGAAUAUCACACCAUUUUUCUUCUUCUUCUUUUUUUUGGAUUCAUCAUUUGCAUCCAAACCCAGCUCUCAUAGUUAAUUAAAAUGCCAAAGAAGACGAGGCAAAGCCACGUGGAGACGGUCACGCCGCUGCUUUAAAAAGGAGCAUCAUUUCCCGCGAGCGAGGACAUCUGAUAAAGACGCCAGAAUGAAGGAGAAAUCCAAAACGGCCGCAAGGACUAGACGGGAAAAGGAGAACAGUGAAUUCUAUGAACUGGCCAAAAUGCUGCCUUUGCCUUCGGCCAUUACUUCUCAGCUUGAUAAAGCCUCAAUUAUAAGACUGACAACAAGUUACCUGAAGAUGAGAAUUGUUUUCCCUCAGGGUCUUGGAGAGGCUUGGGGCCAUUCGAGUCGAACGAGAACUUUGGACAAUAUUGGACGGGAGCUGGGUUCUCAUUUACUGCAGACACUGGACGGAUUCAUCUUCGUCGUGGCUCCGGAUGGGAAGAUAAUGUACAUUUCAGAGACAGCCUCGGUGCAUUUAGGCCUGUCUCAGGUAGAGUUGACCGGGAACAGUAUUUAUGAAUACAUCCAUCCUGCAGACCACGAUGAGAUGACAGCUGUGCUGACGCCGCACCAGCCUUUCCACUCGCACUUUGUACAAGAAUAUGAAGUGGAGCGUUCUUUUUUCUUGAGAAUGAAAUGUGUUUUGGCCAAAAGAAACGCAGGACUCACCAGUGGGGGAUACAAGGUCAUUCACUGCAGUGGCUACCUAAAGAUCCGACAGUACAGUCUUGACAUGUCGCCUUUUGAGGGCUGCUACCAGAAUGUGGGACUGGUGGCUGUGGGUCACUCUUUACCGCCUAGCGCUGUGACUGAAAUCAAACUGCAUAGUAACAUGUUUAUGUUCAGAGCCAGCUUGGACAUGAAGCUUAUCUUCCUGGACUCCAGGGUAGCAGAGCUGACAGGUUAUGAGCCCCAGGACUUGAUAGAGAAAACCUUGUACCAUCAUGUCCACAGCUGCGACAUCUUCCACCUCCGCUGUGCUCACCACCUCUUGCUUGUAAAAGGCCAAGUCACCACUAAGUAUUACCGUUUCCUGGCAAAGCAGGGCGGCUGGGUUUGGGUGCAGAGUUACGCCACUAUAGUCCACAACAGCCGCUCUUCAAGACCUCACUGUAUCGUUAGUGUCAACUACGUCCUAACGGACACCGAGUAUAAGGGAAUGCAGCUGUCGUUGGACCAAAUGAGCCCCACCAAGCCAGCCUUCCCCUAUUCUGACAGUCACAGCGAGGACAGGAAAAGCACCAAGUCACGUCUGACACAGUCAAAGGCCAAAGCUAGAGUGUCGCCUUACCCGCAGCAGUUUUCGGCUUUUAAUCCAGAGCGUUCAGAAUCUGAUCAAGACAGCCAAUGGGGAGGGAGUCCUCUUACAGACUCUACCUCUCCCCAGCUGUUGGAUCCCAGUGAGGCUCCAGAGGCAUCCUGUGCCUACAGGCUGUAUCCAGACUCAGGCUCCCUGUGCUACGGGCUUGGUUUAUUGGAAGAGGACAUUGCCCAUGCCCAAAGUCAUCCUCACACCACCACCUGUGACCGUGUUCGAUGCCAGAGUGGCCGCUACUUCCUGGGAACCCCUCAGUCAGGAAGAGAGAUGUGGUGGGACACAACGCGCUCGGUGCUGUCGCUUCCGAAAUUCUCAGUGGAGAACAGUGACGGCUAUGAAAUCACACCCUACCAUGGCGCCAUUCACGGUCGAGGCCACUGGGAUGAAGAUAGUGUAGUGAGCUCACCUGAAGGUGGAGGUUCCACCAGCGAUUCAGGUGAUCGUUACCCUGGAGAUCAAUUCCAAGCAAGCCCUCGAGAGCCCAGCAAGAUGGAGACCCUGAUCCGCGCCACACAGCAAAUGAUCAAAGAAGAGGAGAGCCGUCUGCAUCAUCACAAGGCGCUUCUGGAUGUCUCAGGCCUCACCAAAACUCAUAGCACAUGCUUCACCCCCACAUUGUCCCAUCACUCUCAACUUACAAUGCCUAGCGUGGUGUGCCGUGGCCCCGGUGCCCCCAGUAUUGACAUUCCUUCUGAACGCCUCCAUCAUCCGGAUAGCAUUAAAGUGCUGGGUCCUCACGACAAUGACGAAAACACAACCAGCCCCGCGUCUUUGUCUCGUCUCAGCAGCCCCAGCUCUGAUGGAAUUUCCAGAUCUGGCCACCCCUUCACUAAAGACUACAUGCAGACUGAUCUUUCCCCCCACCCUCAACAAGCCCAGGGGAGCCCCCUGCUCUAUGCAUCCCAGGACCGCCAGCCGCUGGACAGGGCUUACGCUUUGGCUGGGUAUUCCCUGGAGCAUCUGUAUGACCAGGACAACCUGCGGAGUUACUCUGGCCUGGCGUGUGGAGGCGUGCAGUAUGACGUCACGUCUCACAUGAGAAUGCAGGCCGAGCAGAUACAGGGACACAAGGCCACCUCAGUUAUCAUCACCAAUGGCAGCUGACAAUUUCUGUUGCCAAUAGGUCCCCUUGUCUAAAUGAGGAUGUUGCUGAUGUAUGCAUGAGCAUUUCUGACCAGGUUCUGGACGCAAAAAGUGAGACUGUGACAAAAGGAUACAAGGCACCUGCUCUGGACUGAUGUACCCUCUGUGGUUCAUUCAGCACAACCUGUACAUGUCAGGCCUUUGUUCCAUCUUCUUUUCUUUAUCAUCAAAUGGUGUUUUCCAAGACUGAGAGGAACUAAGGCUUAAAAUGCCAACUGGCCCUGGGAGGAAGUUAGAUUCAUUACACAGGAAACUGUAUGCAGUUUAAAUGGUGAUGAACUGGAGAACCCUCCCACCAAAAGCUGGUUAAACAUCAAGCAAAUGUUUCUGUCCUGCUCCUGUCACGCACCAUUGGCCAUGUGAGUUAAUCUGUCCUGGAUGUGAUUUCCAAAUGCAGUGGGAAAAAGUGUUUCUCCGUUGUGCUUUUGCCAAAAAACUCCACUGCACAAAGCAUAAUUUUUUGACACAACUUGUGGCAUCAGAGACACAGACAGACGAGCAUUUCACUGUUGUAAGAUGUCAAUGUUUCCUAGUAUUUAUUUGUCAGUGGGCUGUUUAUGGUUUAUGUGUCUUUUUUUCUGUCAGAGUAGAAUCCUUUACUGGUGGCAUAACCUUGAUUGUUGGUGUUUGGAUCACACCAUUUUUCUAAACCUAAAAAAGAGUAAGGAGGAGAAGUGAAAGAUGAAAAAAAAAGGCUUUUGAUAUGUAAAAAUGUCAAUUUUGUGGUCAUCCUAACUCACUUAGAUGAAGAAAAACCCUGUUUUUACAUAUCAUAGUAUUUUUUUCUCUAUUAUUUUGCUUGCCCAAUUUAAUCGUAACUUUUUAGCACAUGGUAGACAAUGCUAUAAAAAUCCUUAAAUUCUCCUCCCACUUUGGAAUCAUCCUAAAGUUUAGCAGCCUAAAAGGUUUUGGAAUGAAUCUGUUAGGAAAUGAUUGACAAAUAUCUAGCAAGUGUUUGGUUUUCCUGUUUAAUUUAUGAUGUAAAUAUCAUAAAGCAUUUUGGAAAGGAAGUGGUAAGAUUAUUUAUUAAUUGGUAAAAAAAAAAAAAAAAAAAGUAAGAACUAAAUUUGAAUACAGUUGCAAAUUUUUGUCCAUGUAUAUUUUUGUCUUUCAUCAAAGCUGCUUUAAGUGAACACACAUACAGUUUUCCGGCUGCCUCAAAAAAACGAUAUUUAGAUAUACUGUACAUACAAAUGUAGAUGUAUACAUAACCCAUAAAUGCAUUGACUGUA